AUGUCGACGCGAUCUCGCGUCCCGAUCGCGAUCGUGCGUUUGGUGGUCCAGGCCGGGGGGGCGAAACCGUCCCCGCCCGUCGGUCCGGCGCUCGGGCAACACGGGGUGAACAUCAUGUCGUUUUGUAAAGAUUUCAACGCGAAGACGAGCGAGCUCGUGAGCGAGACGCCGACGCCGGUGAAGAUAUCGAUUUAUCAAGAUAAAACGUUCGAGUGGACGAUGCAGACGCCGCCGACGUCGUGGUUGAUCGCGAGGUGCGCCGGGGUGACGAGCGCGUCGAGCCGGGCGGGACACGAGGCGUGCGGGACGAUCAACCUGAAGCACUGUUACGAGAUCGCGAGGGUGAAGUCGAGGGAUGAUUCUUUGGGGCAUUUGGAUAUGGAGAGUUUAGUACGAUCGGUCGUCGGCACGGCGCGGUCUAUGGGGAUCGGAGUGGUGGACGGGCGGGCGAAAGCCUCGAGUGGGGUCUGA